ACUGUCCUUAAUGUUUCUCCACCACUGCUUAUCCUGUAGAGGGUUGCAGGUGAGGGUGGAGAAAAACCCAGCCUACACUGGGCAAGAGAACCCCGGACAGUAAUCAUGGCAGAAGCCCACCAGGCUGUGGCCUUCCAGUUCACGGUUACCCCGGAGGGCAUUAACCUGCAGCUAUCCCACCAGGCCCUCACUGAAAUCUACCUCUCUGGUGUGCGCUCCUGGAAGAAGCGUGUCAUCAGACUCAAGAACAGUGUGAUAACUGGGGUAUAUCCUGCCAGCCCUUCCUCCUGGCUUUUUGUGGUUAUAGCAAUCCUGGCUACUAUGUACACUCGCUCUGACCCCUCCAUGGGACUCAUAGCCAAGAUACAGGAGCACCUGCCAGUCAGGUAAAGCAUCUCAUGACACC